GCAAAUUUCAAUUGAAGGGCGGGGGAGGGAUGAAACAAGCAGGAAUUCACCAGACAACUUAAGCUUUGGUAUCGCUGGACUGUUUGUUAGUUCGAAGUAUUUUCUUCUUUUUCGAAAUUUAGCGACCAGUUCAUUAGUGACCAAUUAACUGUUACACCUAAAGUCUCAUCUGGUUGGCGGUUCAUGUUGUACAAACCAGGGAAAACGACGUCGUAGUAACUGUCUUCAUCCUCGUUUCUCCACAGGUGCGACUGGUUUCAGUCUUUGUCUUUUCUGGGAUCAAACAUUUCGAACGCAGUCGACUUCUCGAUCUGUUUGAUCAAUGGGUGUCGCCGGCAGGAAGGGAAAAGGUUACACCUUUGCCUUAUUCGCCGGCCUCAACGCUGCCUUCGCCGCCAUUGCCGCCAAGUUCUUCUCUUUCUACAUUAUCCGAUACGGCCUGGUGGUGUUGUUUAAUGUGACGAUGUGGGGUUGUUAUGUCAAUAGCCUCAAGGCUCUCUCGUCCCUACAAGCUACAGUUACGAACUUCGCCACCAACUUCAUCUCCUCUGGCCUUGCUGGGUCCUUCCUGUUCAAUGAAAGCUUGUCCAGUAAGGUAAAGUAGAGGGCUCAAUUCAUUAACUGACAUGACCCCCUGAUUAAUUCAUUGCUUCUUUCUGUUAGUUGAGCGCUAAAGUCGGCAACUUUUUUGCUUAAUGGCAUUGUGUUGGUUAUAUUUCUCCUUCCAGUGGGUUGCUGGUGCAUUGCUCAUUGUAGUUGGUGUGGUCAUACUCAGCAAUUCGAGUGUCGAACAAAAGGAACGGGCUGAUUGAUGUGAAUUGUGAAUCGAUUUCGGUAUAUGUUGUGCUUGUGUCUACGGCGGUACAAGAAUCAUUGAAGCUUGGUGAUUCUCACUCUAGAAACUAUUUGUUUUCUGUGGCUAGGGCUGUGUGAAAUUCAUGAAUGGUGGACCACUGCCAGAUCAGAUUCAUUCUUAUGUGAAGUGUUGAGUUUGUAAUUUACACUUCGACUGUACGAUGUCUUCAAUCUGGUUGUGCUAUGCUAUCCACAUGUCAGGCUCUUGUGUUCCCAUUGUGCAUUGAUGGUUGAGGAUAACGAAUCGGUUCUUUUAUGUCUUUAGUGAUUAAUCGACGAGUUCAUUCUGACUGUUAGUUUGAUUCAGUGUCGUCUCAGGAUAUCGUCCAGUUUUGAGAAAGAGUUAUCGUAUGCAUGACCAAUCCUUAAUGUGCUCCAAGUUCUUACUGUAAUAUUCUUUCCAAUGGUGAAAAUGGUAACUGCAGUCAGCUCAGGUCUUAAUUCUGAGUGAUCGGGAGAAGUUGGAUGGUUAUUGAAUGAAAGAUUAAGUUCCCAUAUAAAGUAUUAGUUGUGGAUGUGAUUUGUCAGUAGUGACAAGACAUUGUCAGCUGGGGAGUGGGGAUGUUGAAGUUGCUUUGGCUCAACUUUAAACACAUUUUGAUGAGCUUUGUCUCUGCAUCUAUGGCGUUCACCCAACUAACUCAUUCUGGUGCCCAUCAUGUUCAAUUCCCAUUUCUUACAUGGCCAACCUUUGUCUUGCUACUGGUUUCUAACCUAUGAGCCGACAGUUGAGUUCAGUCAGUCAUGUGGACGUGCAGAUGUUCAUUCACAAAAGAUCUAACCAAGAUUCUAGAAAAGUGAUGGAUGGUGGGUUUCCAGCCAUGUAUUGUUGAAGACUCCGAGAUUGUGCUUACUCAAAGAAUUAGCUUGGCUGGUUCCUUUUUUGGUUCUUAAUGCUUUUUGACUUUUGCCCAUUUAUGUAACAGCGAUGUGAUGGUCACUUUCGCUGGUCCAGUAGAAGGCUUGUCCUUUCAGUUGACACAUUAUUAAAAUUCUGGACCAUUACCAGCUUCUGUUGUUUUUUCUAGCUGGGCCUGUUGGUAGAUAGGAGGAUGAUGAAUGCUGCAUUUAUUGUGGAAUUUCGUUCCUGGCAAGUAAAACAAAGUUUAGCUUGUCAGGAAGUUCAUAAACUGCUCUGAGCUUCUCAGAACUGCAAUCAUUAGCAUGUUAUGCAUAACCUGAAGAACAAACAAGAUUGCAUUCAAGGAAUCAAAUACCUUUAACAACCUACUCUUACCAAGUAUGCUAGAGAGGAAGAAAACCUGGAGAGCGAGGCACCCAGUUUGACAGAGAAGUGUUUAAUUUCUUGAAUGGGAUUUUGUACUUGAGUAUGAGGAAUUUUUUUUGUUUAUGAUGAUUGGGAGAUCCAGCAUUGAACAGAAGUUUUUCUCUCUGCUGAGAGCAAACGCACCGAAGCAGAAGAAAAUUGUGGUUGGGUUGAAAUCGGAUACUCACAGCAGAGAAAUGCUGCUGCGGGUUCUUCGUACUUUAGUGAAUCCUGGAGAUAUUGUGUUAGCUGUUCAUGUUCAACAAGUUUCUAGUAGUUUCGAUCCAAAUACUUUCCACAUGCAUGCAGAUCUCUGCAAGUCUAAGCAGGUUGAUUUCCUAGUUAAGGCAUGUACUGAAGAAACCUACAUUUCAGGAUUAAGUAAUCAAGUACGACUCAACUCUGCCACAAUCCUCAUUCUUGGUUGCAGCCUUCCAUGGCCUAAUGAGUCGGUAGUCAAGGCUUUCUUAAGAAGGCUGCCACCCACCUGCAGCCUCCUGGUAAUUAACAACGCCGGGAAAAUAAUAUUCCAAAGCCAGGGAACCUCUCAACAAGGAUCCACUUCUCCAGUUCUUAGACCAUCUCCAUCUGAAAACAGUUACUUUCACCAGCCAAAAGUCGAAGCGCAUCGUCAGUUGCAAAAGUCUUUCACUGCACCAUCCUCCUCAAAGGAUAAACCAGUUUCCAAGACGAUGUUUGAGGUGCCAGAGAAGAAAUUUCUCGACAGGCUGGCAUGCUUACAAGCCACACGGUCCUUAAGACGUUUCAAAUGGCAAGAGCUCGACUUAGCUACUAAUGGGUUUAGCCCUCAGCGGUUGAUUGGAACAGGUGGUAAUAGUAAGGUGUAUCAGGCCACACUUGGGGGUAAUGGUCAGGCUGUAGCUGUCAAAGUCCUGAAGAGCUCGGAUUUAGAGGAUCUUCUCCGUGAGGUUGAGGUUUUAUCCGGGUUAAGGCAUGAGAACAUAGUGCAGAUAAUUGGUUUCUGUGACGGUAAGGAGAUCCAUGCAGUGGUCUAUAAUCUGUUGAAGGGGAGCUUGAAAGAAAGUUUGAGACAACUGGAUUGGAAAGAGCGAAUGGGAGUUGCGAUUGGAGUGGCCAAGGCGCUUGAGUACCUUCAUUGUUCAUUUACCCCUCCCAUAGUUCAUAGAGAUGUGAAGUCAUCCAAUAUUCUACUUUCUGAGAACAUGCAGCCUCAACUCUCAGAUUUUGGAGCAGCAAUAAGACUGCUCAAGCUUGACCAGAUCUCAGCAAACACAAAGCCGUUUAGUAUUGUUGGGACAUUUGGCUACUUGGCUCCCGAGUAUGUGAUGUAUGGGAAGGUUGAUGAGAAAGUAGAUGUUUACUCUUAUGGAGUUGUUCUCCUGGAACUCAUCACAGGGAAAGAAGCCAUUCAAACAAACCAGGCAAACUGCGAAAGCUUGGUAUUAUGGGCAAGAUCUCUGUUGAGUUCUGGCUUGUGUGACCGGUUGAUUGAUCCUCACCUUAAUGGAAUUUACAACAAGGAAGAGAUGGAAAUAGUAAUGUUCCUUGCUCGGCUCUGCCUCAUUCAUUCUUCUCCUAGGAGACCAUCCAUGAAAAUGGUAUUGAGAUUGUUCGAAGAGCCAGAACACUGGAGAAAGAUGCUGAGGAACAAGGAUGAAUUCCUCCAUGAGAGUGGUUCCAAAGCCGAAAUGCAGUUGGAUCCACUGGAUGACCAGGCGGCUAAUGGUAUGCCUGCUACUGAAGACUUGUAUAAUAAAAUACUGUCACCUGAAUCAUCGGAUUUGUAAGUGUUACAACUGAAUCAUCUGAUAUAUAAAAUUGAAAAGGCCUGUAUACUGUAAGAAGCAUGGCUACGACAGUAGAUCGACUGCUUCUUCUUCCUACUUUAUUCAACUUCUUUCUAUCUGCUGAAAAUCACAGAUUUAGUGAAUUUGUCCUAAUGCCUGGAGUAUGGUUCUCAUAUCAGUCCACCUUUUGAAGUUGUUCCGCACAAUGAUUUCAAACAAUUUUAAGUUACAUGUCACUAUGACUAGCUAUUUUAACUUG